UGAUGUGACGCGGCCAUGGACACACUGGUGUUCAAGAACGGCGGCGUGUUCGCGCCGGCGGAGCCCACCAUCAACUGCAAGACGUGCAAGGAGCGCCGCCGCCAGCGCCAGCGGAGGGCCUCCGCCGGCCAGGACGUAGAGCAGGAGCAGCGCGGCCGAGACGCCGGACCAGGUGAGCUGAAGAAGCUCUCGGAAGAAAGCCUGACAAGACAGCCGGAGGAAGUAUUUGAUAUCAUAUGCAAGUUAGGUGAAGGGUCCUAUGGCAGUGUCUAUAAGGCUUUGCACAAGGAAUCAGGCCAAGUGUUGGCCAUUAAACAGGUUCCUGUUGAUACUGACUUGCAGGAAAUCAUCAAAGAAAUUUCCAUUAUGCAGCAGUGUGACAGCCCCUGGGUAGUGAAAUACUAUGGCAGUUACUUCAAGAAUACUGAUCUUUGGAUCGUCAUGGAGUAUUGUGGAGCAGGGUCAGUCUCAGAUAUUAUGAGGCUGCGAAAGAAGACCUUGACGGAAGAUGAAAUUGCAACAAUAUUAUGUGAUACUCUGAAGGGCUUGGAAUACCUUCACCUGCGAAGAAAAAUCCACAGGGAUAUUAAAGCAGGCAACAUUCUGCUCAACACAGAAGGGCAUGCUAAGCUGGCAGAUUUUGGCGUGGCUGGCCAACUGACGGAUACGAUGGCAAAACGGAAUACUGUAAUAGGAACACCUUUUUGGAUGGCACCUGAAGUAAUCCAGGAAAUUGGCUAUGACUGCGUGGCUGAUAUCUGGAGUUUAGGAAUUACGGCUCUAGAGAUGGCUGAGGGAAAGCCACCAUAUGGUGACAUACAUCCUAUGAGGGCGAUAUUCAUGAUCCCCACAAAGCCGCCACCUUCAUUUAGAGAGCCAGACCAGUGGUCACCAGAAUUUAUUGACUUCGUUAGUCGGUGUUUAGUGAAAAAUCCAGAAGAAAGGGCCACGGCUACUGAGCUAUUACACCAUGAAUUUAUAGGAAAUGCCAAACAGCCAAACAUAUUAAGUCAGAUGAUUGCAGAAGCACGUGAAAUACGAGAAAAUCAGAGUUACAGAAAUGUAGUGAGCUCUUCAGCUGCUGGAGCUGCUAAACAAAAUCAUGCAGAUGAAUCAGAUGAGGAUGAAGUUGUAAAUAACAAAACUAUGCUGCAGUAUCCUGCAGAUUCGGGAACAUUAGUGCCAACACGCGAUGUUGUUGAUGGUACCUUGGUGCCUUGUCGGGACAAUGCUACUUUGGUUCCCAAUAGUGAUGCUGGAACAAUGGUUGAACUGCAGUCUAAUCUGGGUACAAUGGUAAUAAACAGUGAUACUGAGGAGGAGCCUACAAUGAAAAGGCAUGACACAGGUCCAGGUGAACUGGGAAAAAAGUAUCGCCCACUAUUUCUCGAUCACUUUGACAAAAAAGAAGCUGAGAACAUAAAGGGUGGUACUCAAGCAGUUGCUUCAACCCAGACAUUAAACACUGGGGAUGGAGUGCCUGCGGCCCUGCCUGUGGUGAGCGGCAGCUCUGUUUUGAACAACAACAACAGCCCACACCCGCAGACACAGCCUCAGCCCCCAGCGCAACCGCAGCUUUCCGCCGAGGAGAGGCAGCGUUUCCAGAGUCACCUCCAGCGCCAGUUAAACCAAAUCUCUGGGGCAGGUGCAACUGGAAUACUGCAUCACACACCUGUGCCACCUCCAAAUCCAUUCCAGGUGCCACGACAUCAUCAUGAAAACCAAGCAAAGUUCCAGAGGGCUUUCCAAGAUGGAGACUUUGAGUUUCUUAAGUUCCUAAGCUAUGAGGACCUGCAGACCAGAAUGGCGAAUUUGGAUUCUGAAAUGGAAAGGGAAAUUGAUGAACUUCGCAGGAGAUAUCAAAGUAAACGACAGCCUAUCUUAGAUGCUAUGGACCAGAAAAGAAAAAGGCAGCAAAAUUUCUAAGAGUGGUUUGUGUACACAAAGCAGUGUUUCAGGUGAUGUUGUUCACUUGAGUGAAAUGGGGAAGAAAGGCUUUUUACUCACAUUGAGACAACUUGACACAUCUGAAAGUGAGAGAAAGUAAGAUGUUACUAGGACAGAAUGUGAAGUUACUGUAAGAGAUAAGUGCAUCAUUAUGGAUAUAUUACAUUCUGUGUUAUAUCAUCUGGCAGUUUGACCCCAUUAACGAUAGGCCACACUGAAUAAAAAAAAAUUGAAAAAAAAAAAUCCUUCAGAUGCAACCUCAGUUCCUAAUGCAUAACAGAUGUGAUACUAUUUCAGUAACACCCUCUCCUCCACUUUCAUCCCUUCAUCUUCCUGUUGAACUGUUACAACACUAAAAUUACUACUGCUGUAGUAGCAAUGAUAGUAAUAUCAGGAGCAAUGACUACAGCAUAGCAGUAAGAUUUUUAGUUUUCAUUUUGUCAUAUUUUGAAUAUUUGGUAAAUCCUUGGACGAAAAUGAUGAUCUAAAACAAAAGGCAGUUUUUCAUUGAUGCACUUCAUUUUUAGUAUUUAUUUCAGUAUAGGGGAGAAUUAUCAGUAUUUUUCCUGUACUUGACUCUUUUGUAGAGCACAUUUCUUGGCAGUGUUUGUUGUGCAUGUGGAACAUCUUGUUGAUUAAAGUGUUCAAACUGUAAAUGAACAACUUAUUUACGACUUUGAGAGUUCUCUGUUGAGAUUCUAAACCUCAAUGUAGGGAGAACAUUCAGUCUUUCAUCUGGAAGUGGGGUCAUUUACUUUGUGAAAUGUUGCGAAGUUGUAGUUCAAGAGAGAAACUUUGUUAUAGGUUAAAACUGAGAAAUGUUGUAACCUGCCUUUUAAAAUAUUUCUUCGACAUGUAUAGAGAUUAGUGUGUGUAAAAUACGAGAACUGCAUUUUAAUACGUGCCUGUUUUGCAGGUUUUUGUGCCUGUUCACAGUUGACUUAGUGUCCUAUUUUUUAUAUGGAUUAACAUGGUUCUGAUGUGUUCUGCAAAUACCCCUGUAGUUUCAUCAGACAGAGUCCAUAGCAAAAUAUUUAAGUCCAAAACAUUAGAUAUCAGUCACUUAAUCUUGUACCUGGACUUGCCUCACAAAUACAGUGCUACUCCAAAUUUUAUUCUUUAAAUUUAUCAUGUAAAAAGUUAAAUUUAUUGUGGUGCUCAGUAACCAUAAGUAAUAAUAUGGUUGAUGUAGUGGUUAGGUAUUGUGAUAGUGAUGUGAAAACUCAGCAAUAAUGGUUUCAUAAAAUACCAUACCAGUACAUGCCCCAUUGUUUCUAUGCAGUGGGGAUUGUUCAAUAGGAAGACACAGCAUCCUCCUGUUAACCUGUAAUGUAAAUGUGAAAGACUUUAAUUAUGAAAUGAUGAACUGCAUGAUUAGCAUAUUAGCUGUCAUUGCUACUUUGAUUUUUCUUACCUAAUCAGAAACAGCAUGAUGUGUAAUGUGUCAUUUGGCAGAAACUUAAUCAUUUCAUUAUUGAAUGAAUGAAGUUAUUUCACAUAUGUUGAAAGAAAUUAUAUAGGUAACAUCAAUAUGAAACUUUUGGAUGCUGUGCAGACAAAUACCUGUUGCCACAAAUCUGGAUGUCACAUCAUUCAAAUAAUUAAAAAAAGUUUUAUGGGUAUUGGGUGAACUGCCUCAGGACCUGAGUUAUGUAAAUAGUAUUUGAAGACUGGUUAACCUUUAUAGUAAUGUGGCAAUAGGUUGCUUGCCCUGUAGAGAAUGAAAUAAUAGCUCUUUUAAAAUCACACAAUAGAAAAGAGAAACCAAUAUUUUCGACAAGUGUCUAUAGAUUGCCAUAUUUCUUAUCCCACUUUUUAUAAUGUAUAGCACAAGACAGCGUGAGAAAGUUGUGUGUGUGUGGAGAGAGAGAGAGAGAGAGAGAGAGAGAGAGAGAGAGAGAGAGAGAGAGAGAGAGAGAGCGAGCACAUGACUUACCUAUAGAUCAUAACAAGCAUUUGAGAGUUAGUAUCUUGGCCACUAUAUUUUACAGUUAUUUCUGUAUGGAUUAUUUUAUGGACUUGAAAUGAUAAUAGUCCAUAUUGUAAAGUAGUUGUUCUUUUUACAGUGACUUUACUUCUUAACACAUGACGUAAAGUUACUCUUGGUUGUAUUGUAAGGCCUCAAGAAAUUGUUGAAGUUUGGGUUACAUUUUUAAUAUUUUUUGUCUUUUAGAUACUGCAAUUUUGGGCCACAAGGGCAUGGUCUACUAAAGUUGAAGACAGUGAUUGUUACUUCACCUUUCACCCUUAUUUGAAACAAACUAGCUGAAGUGAUUUAAAGUUUCGUGACUAGCUUGCAAGUAGCUGCUCAUGUAUUGAGUAAUGCUGAGGCUGGAAACUUUUGUCAGCUUCAAUUCCUGUAGCCUCCUGUCACUUGAUUCUCUCACAUUUAUAGAUUAUGUUGUAUUUCCACAUAAGCUAUCUCAGACUGCACAUUUGAAUUUUUGUGGGUAAGUGCUGGGAGAAAUACAUAGGUGAAUGUGUUGCCAACAGUGAAAAUAAGAACUGCUUUCACCAAUAUAUAAAUAGAACAGUUUUUUUGUAAAAAUUAAGCACAGUAAGCAGUUUAUUCUGAUGGGCAGGUAAUAAGAGACAUUUGUGCAGAGAUCCUUAUAUCACCACCUCAGUGACACAUUAUUUUUGAAUGUUAGCCUAUGAUAUUAUUUUGCUUUCACAUGCUUAUCAGCUAUACAUUCAUAUUAUUACACUUUUAGCGAGCUUUACACUUUACUCUUUCCCACUUCACUGUUUGCCAUUGUGUUUGACAGUGUUGCUAGAUAUAUUAGCGUGCAGAUGCAAGCUUAUUGCUUACACCCAAUGGCAGGACAACUGUAGUGGUAGUGGUGGUGGUGAUUUAUAAUUUGAGAGAGUGGGAAAGAUUGAGUGAGGUAGUUAAUGAGACUUGGGAGAGGGGGUAGAGGUAUCUUCAGUUUUCUGGCACCUUCACUGCAUUAACUGUAACACUCAAUAAUAGUUUUAAAUAUUGACUGCAUAAGCUGUGUACUACAUGUUAGAUAUAUGAAAGUGAAAUGAGUACUAUAAAAGUGACACCAAAAAUUAGUUUCCUACAUUUAAAUGGUGCAUAAAUUUUAAUUUGUUAAUGAAUUUCAUCAUCUUGGCACAAACUUUUUGUCAAAUAUGAAAAUUGUAGGGAUCAAUUCAACAGUGCAGUUACUGAUGUCUUCUUAGAGCAUAUUAAUCUGAUGUUAGUAGAUGGAUGGUGGCUGAUUCACCAAAGAAUAUGGGAGGAAAUGAUUCACCUAGCCUUGAUGGAUUUAGAAAUACUGCUACACUGUUGCCAAAUACAUCAUCACUGAGAAGUGUACUGAAGUAUGAUUUACCUCAGAAUAUGCAAGUAUAACAUUGUGUGGUCUGCAUAAAAUACUUUCAGAUUGGACUUGACACUUCGAAGUGAGGCUUCAUAAGCUUUUUCAUUUUUUUUUUCUUGUACUUCUCUUGUUGUGAUCUGCAGGUGAUUUGAUUUGAACUACAAUGUCCCUAAAAAAAUUUCCUCAGGAUUGUAAGUGUUACACUGAACCUGAGAGCAGCCUUAGAUGUACAACAAUCAUCAUAGAGUAUGCCCUCAGAUGUGCUUUAAUUUCAUUGUGUGUGUGUGUGUGUGUGUGUGUGUGUGUGUGUGUGUGUAGUACAUUUGGAAAAAUCCACUUUGUGCGUGUAUCCAUUUUAAUUCUUUGUAACAAAUUAUUUGAACUGAUUACAAACCACAUUUACCUUGCAAAAUAUUCCAGUGUACCAGAAUCUCCAGAGUAAUAUCGUUAUUAACAGCAGUAGAAGUUAAAUAGUCUUAAAACAAAAUGUUCUGCGCUGUAUUUAUUUAAAAAGUUGUUUUCAUGUUAUGAUCUAUUAAAAUAUUGUAAGUAAAAGAAUGUAUAACCUCAUAUUCUCUAGUUAUAUUAUUUUAUAUUAAUUCCAUUUCAGUAUCAGGUUAUUUUCGUUAGCAGCAAAAAUUGGAAAAAUCUGGUGACAUAAAUUAUCAUUAUUUGUGACUUAUUGAAAUGAAAUGUACAAGAUGUUGGGUAGUGUGGUAUCAGAAUCUCAAUUUCUGUGUACCAUAUGUGAACACAGUCUGGGAAAUGCGUUGAAGCCACAGUCUUAAUGCACUAGUGUGUACAAAUUACACUUUGGCAUGAAUUUGUGAUACUACUGCAUGAUGAUAUCAACUAAACAAUGUGUUCCUGCUCAUUUAUGUCAGAAAAUCAUGUAAGUUCAUACAAACAUCAUGAAUAAUGUACAGUGUAAUAUUGGGAGUGUGAAUAUUUGUAGAAUAACUCUGUGGACUGUUCUAAAGUAUGUCAGAUUUGUUAUUUGUUUUUAAACAAGUGUGUUUCAUAAGCAUUAGGUUCUGUAAACAACACAUUUUGUUACUUUGUGGAGGUAAAGUGGUUUAAUCUUUUUCCAAAAGAGAGUAGGACACAUCUUAAAAACUGUGGUGCAAUAUAUUUAUUUUAAUAAAGAAAUGUAUCAUGCUGUUAACAUUUUUGGAAGCAAGUGGGCCCAUUACAUUUUAAUUGCCCCAAAGCUGCAUACCAAUUAUUUCAAGGAAAUAAAAUAUUUUCUGACAAUUGUAGAUACAGUGGCUUUGUUGUAGUGUCUGACAGCACGACCAUCUGUUAUCUUAAUGUGUGCCAUUCUAGUAUAAUAGAAAGCUCAAGAAAACAUUUAUCAUGAAAAGUUAUCAGGAUUUUUGUUGUGAAUUGAUCAGUUGAGAAGUAACAGGUAUUUGUAUUAUAGUUGUAAGAAAAAUUGUAUGUAAUUAACAAGUACUGUCAUGUAUAAAAAUAUCAUUCAGUUGAUGAUUACUUCUCAAUUGUAAAUACAUCACAAAUGGGCUUUUAAUUUUGCAUCAAGCCUGUUGUGGGAGUGCAACUUAAAGCACAAAUUGUUCAUUAAAUUUGACACAGGUAUUCUUUCUCCUCUGUGGGAGUGACUAUGUGACACAAUUACUUGUAAAUAAGAAUUUUUUUUAAAAAAUAUAUUAUUUCAAAUGUU